AUGCCUACAGCAAAGCGUAUCACCGCCGACGCUCUCGACAAUGAGCCCCCUCUGAAGAGAUACAGACUGGAUGAUGAUCAAGUUACAGAAGGUGUGGACCGACUUGUGGCCCACUAUAAACUUGAUGCAGCUCAAAAGGCAAGAUUGGAUCGCGUCGCCAAGAUAACUCGAUACACGCCCACCGUCCGCGAAGUUGAGUGGGUCGUGAGAGCGGCUGAACUGCCCAGUGAUGGUACCAACUUGGACAUGUGGAUGUUCGCAUACAUGGAGUACUUUGAUUGGUUUCUGCGAAGCCAAGGCCAAGACCACAGACUCUGGACCGGCGCACUCAGGCGCUACGACAAGCGAGUUGCGUAUCUAUGGAUUGGAUUCAAGGGCGCUUCCAAGUCUGGUCCAAAAGGCACUCUAUACUUCGACGGACCACAGGGCCCGAACAAACCCAAGAACGUAUUCAGACCUCCUUUUUGGGCUCGCUGCUGGAUCACUUGGCACGAACCCUUGGAGACUUUGUUCGCGCUGGGCGAGAACUUCUCCCAAGAUAUCACCGACGACUCCGCAAACAAGAUCGCUGCUGGCAUUCAAAAUGAAAUCUUGAAAGCAGUCAUGAAAGUUCUGGCUCGCUUCCCUGGACUGAUCUCGGAGCUCGAAGACGAAGAUCAGUCUAUCAUCUACCAGCUCCACGCACGUUACAGUGCGACACCAUUUAAAGACAGAGAGGCAUUCGACCCAAGUGGUCCCCUCGCCAAGCUCUUCGAAUUACUCUGCACGAAGUCCCAGGAGUCCACGCCCAAAAAGACACCCUUCAAGACACUCGAGCAAGAAUACGAGGAGGCAUCCGUAUCAGUCAAGGCCGCCAAGACCCUCAUCCCAAGAGGACGCGGGGCUAUGUAG